AGACUAGCCAACAAAAUUCUUUAUUACACACACUCUCUCUACUCUACUAUAGUUAGCGUUAUUAUUGGAGAGAGAGAGAUAGAGGGAGAGGUCGAGAGGAACCCACCUCAGUUUUCGCUUUCUAGGAAACCAUAUAUUAGAGAGAGAGAGAGAGAGAGAGAGAGCGUAUGUGUGGGUUUAUGUUUUAGAGAGAGAUAGAGAGAAAGAAGCUCAGAGAAGAAGGGAAUUGGAGAAGAUGAUGAAGGUGAUGAUGAAGAGAGAGAAAGGUCGGCAACAAUAACAAAGAGCAGGAAAUACAGAAGAGAGAAAGGUCGUUAUUGCAUUUUUUCUCUCUCACACUCACUCUUUUCACUGCUCACACUCUGCUCUUUUCUGGCCCCCCCACCUCCCAGAAACUCUGAUCAGUCAUCGCUCUCUCUAAUAAACCAACUUUUUUUCCUCAGAAAAGCCAAAGGGACAGUGGUAGUAGUCUUACCAACAGAAGAAGCAGAAGUAGGAGCAGAAGAAGAUGCUGCAGUACUCUUCUUUAAGACCAAGAAGAUAGAAAGCAACCCAACAAACAAGAUCUCCAUCUCUCUCUCUCUCUCUCUCAAAAUUAACUCUUUUUUCUGUCUCCCCAUCUUAAAAUCUCUCUGCGAGAAUUUCAGUGACCCCACUUACAUAGCACCUACAUAGAUAUAUCCAUAGAUUGAGUCCAAGAUCACAAAUUUCUCUCCCUCUCUCUCUCUCUUUCUCUCUUUGUCGCGGUAUAUUUAAUACACAAUCCAGAUUGGAUAUUUUUAACCACAGCAUCAGUUGUGGCUACUACAAGGAGGUUACCUUCAGAUUCUGGAGCUUUCGCAGACUGGGUGGCUACGUCCUCCUCCGCCGCGGGCCGAGCCGCGCCGGAUGAGCUCUCCCUCGGCUUCAAUGCCGGACCGGCCGCAGCAGGAACCAGCACCGGACCCACCUCCGGAAUGUGGUCCGCUACGCCCUCCAGGCCGGUGAACUACGGCCUCGCUCCCGCCGAGAUGGGCAUGGUAGGCCUGCGCGACCUCUUUGUCGUCGCGCCCGCUUCUUCCUUCCACCACAACCACAACCACAACCACCACCACCACCACCACCAGCACGACCCCAUCCUCUCCGAUCCUCAUUCCAUGAACGGCUCCAACCCCGCCACUGCACUCGGCGUCGGGGUCGGCGUUGGCGUCUUCCCUCUCCUCACCGCCGCUCCGUGUCUCGCUUCCGCCUCGAACGUCGGAGUCGAGGAUGACAACAAUAUGCUGGGCAAUAGGAGUAGGAGCGGCGGAGGAAUUCAGCUCUGGCAGAACAGUAAUCAGCAAACGCCCCAGCAUGGCCAUUAUUUCAAAAAACCAGCAAUUCUCGAUCACGGCGCUUCGGGGAAUUUGGUCCAGAGCGGCGGCGUUGGGGGUGGGAUUGGCGGGUCGCCUACGACGACGUCGUCCACGGGGACGGCCACGUGUCAAGACUGUGGCAACCAGGCCAAGAAAGAUUGCAGCCACAGGAGGUGUAGGACUUGUUGCAAGAGCCGCGGUUUUGAUUGCGCCACUCAUGUGAAGAGCACGUGGGUGCCGGCGGCUCGUCGGAGGGAACGUCAGCUCAUGGGCGCGUCUGGCUCUGCAGCCGCCGGCUCUUCUGGGGCUACCUCCGGCGCCAAGAAACCUAGACUCAUCGGCUCGCAAACAACAACGUCUCAUACUUCCACUUCCAAUACCACUCCCCCAAGAAGCUUUGACACCAGCUCUAGUCAUCAAGAUGCGAGCUUCAAAGAUGGUUUGCCCGGGCAAGUACGUGCACCGGCGGUAUUCAAGUGCGUGCGAGUGACAGCGGUGGAAGACGGCGAGGACGAGUAUGCAUAUCAGGCAGUUGUAAAGAUCGGUGGCCAUGUCUUCAAAGGGUUUCUAUAUGAUCAAGGGGUUGAAAAUAGAGAAGGGUAUCCUAAUAUAUCUGAAUUGCAUUUAGGUGGUGGUGGUGGUAGUGGCAGCGGCGGUGGCGGUGCUGCCGGGAGGAAUGGGGCAUCGUCUUCGUCCCCAAUCCUCGACCACUCCGAUGUUUACGCCGGUGGAGCAUUGCUUGGAGGUUCAAGCUAUGGUAAUCCAAUAAAUUGACACAUCCUAAUUUCCGGGUAUAAGAUAGUUGAUCGAUGGAGUACUCGGAAGGAUCGGGAACGACAUUGUAGGAUAAUUCUUCUUCUGUUUACUAAGUACGGAUAAGAUUAUGGUAAAAUUGUUCAAUAUUCUUGUAUCUUAUUAUCAUAUGUUAAAUGUCAUGAUCUCAACUUUCUGCUU